AAUUCUCUUUUAGCCCAGCCGUCACUGUUGCAAAUCCACGAGCACAACUGCACAAGCAACUCACGUCAAAGAAAAGUUGUCUAAUUUUCCGACCUCUGUCUGUCGCAUUUCUUCUUACAAUCCCUGCGACUCAAAUCAAAUCCCCAUAACAAGGGAAUUGUAAAGAAAGGGACUAAAAAGAAUCAUACAAACAAGAUUGUACGUGCAUUUAAACUAUGGGGAAGAGGCCCGCAAGGAGACAUUGAUUGGAGAUUGUUUGGAGUAAAAGUGGAUGAUGGAAGGAAGAAUGCCAUGAUAUCUGGUAGUGGAAGGUCUUCAAUGCAAAGAUUGAUAUAUAUGGCUUCCAAUAAUAUUAGCUAAAGAUGGAUGUGGUGAGUAUAGUAAGCGAUGCAGAAUGGAGUUUGUGGGCUUAAGAGGAGCAUGGAGCAUAUUUAAGAAGCACAGUCAUUGUGUGAAGAUUAGUGAUACAUUAGCUGGUUACUUCUUGAAUGAAAACUAGUCCUGAAAGUGGUUUAUGUAGAUUCUUUGGAUACUGUUGGUGGAAUGACAGGAUCGGGAAUGCCUCAAAGUAAUUUAGAAUCAAAGAAAAGAAGAACGGAGAGGGGAUUGCCUACUGCCCUUGAAGUAGAUCAAUCUCUUCAGUCUCCAGUCAAAUUGUGCUUAGUGUUGGAAGAAGAAAUGGCAGGGUCUCAUGCAGAAGUAAGUUGUUCUCAAGUGAAGGUUGAGGGAAAGGAGCAGAAUGAGAGGCAUAUUGGGUCAGAAGUUAAGGGUAUGGACUGUGAUCUUCAAGAAGUUGCCACUAAUGUUAAGCAUUUUGGGAAAGAUGAGAAGAACACUGUUUCUGAAGUUUCAGAGAUGAACUCAGCAGAUGUAAAGCAUAAAACCCUCGUCCUUGGAGAGCAUGUUGGAUUUAUUGAGAGUGCAAAUACUGGUUUCACAGAGAAAUGUGAUGAUGACCUAAAGAACAAAUGUAUUUUAUUUGACCAGAAGAAUCUGAAAACUUAUAGUAGGGAGAAAAGAGGUAGAACUGUCAGUGAGACAAGUGAAGUGUCCUCUACAUCCUUUCAAAAUAGUUUAGAAUCCAUCAAGGAUGAUACGCAAGGGCUUAUGAACCAACUUUUGGGUGAAGUACCGACAGCUGAGUUAAUGGAGAAGUUAGAUACCUCACUCUCAGGAGAGCAUGCUGCCAUAAAACAGGUUAUGAAAGAUAAAUUGAUCGUGGGUGCCUCAUUUAACUACAUGAAUAGUGAACUUGCAUCUAAGGACUGCAAGGAGAGAAGCAAAAUGACGAAUUUGGAAAAUAAUUUAUGUGAAAUUAGUUUUGUGAAUGAUGCUUCUGUGCCAGAUGUCCCUAAAGACCACAAAGACCAUAAAUAUGGGGGAAAGCAUCAUAUGAACCAUAUCACAGGACAGUAUACAUCUCAUGUAAAUGACGAGCUUGAUAAACCUGCAUCUUAUGGUAAUGGUAUUACUACAACUAAUUUAUCUGGAUGUGAUCCUUCAUACAAACACCUAGAGCAGAUGGAUGUUGAGAUAGCCGAGAUGAAAGCCAGUCCAUCAGACUUAGGUGUGGUAGAAGAUGACACUGAUUCGGGCAUUGUUGUCAAAGAACACAAAUUUUCAGAAAUAUUGGAGUCUCCAUCAGAAAAAUCUCUUUUGGAUUCUUCUAAGAAAAAGCUUCUCAUCCUUGAUCUGAAUGGGCUUCUUGCUGAUAUUGUUCCUUAUGUUCCUAAUGGGUAUAAUGCAGACAUAAUGAUAUCAGGCAAAGCAGUUUUUAAGAGGCCUUUUUGUGACGAUUUUCUGCAGUUUUGUUUUGACAGAUUUGUAGUGGGUGUUUGGUCAUCAAGAACCAAGAGGAACAUGGACAGGCUGAUUGAUAUACUUAUGGGAGCUUCCAGACACAAGUUACUCUUCUGCUGGGAUCAGUCACACUGUACCAGUACCGGAUUCAGUACUGUUGAGAAUAAAGAGAAGCCUAUGAUUUUGAAGGAACUUAGAAAACUAUGGGAAAAGCUUGAGCCUAAUCUUCCAUGGGAAAAGGGGGAGUAUAAUGAAGCAAACACAUUGUUGGUCGAUGAUUCACCAUACAAGGCUUUACUUAAUCCAGUGAACACAGCAAUAUUUCCACAUACAUAUCAAUAUUGGAACGUGGAAGAUAUGUCGUUAGGACCUGGCGGUGAUCUUCGAGUUUAUAUGGAAGGGUUAGCUAUGGCCAAGAAUGUUCAGAAAUAUGUUCAGGAGAAUCCUUUUGGUCAACGUGCCAUUACAGAAUCAAACCUAUCAUGGGGUUUCUACCGUAAGGUUAUUGAGAUUGUCAACGCACACCCACCUCAAGAUGAUUCCAAUACUACCAAUGCACACCAACCUCAAGAUGAUGCCAAUACAUGAUGCUUUGCUUACCAGUAGUGAUGCACUUCAUAUAAUCACUCACCCAAGACAGAAAGUUCCAAAUUGAAUUUUGUUCAAAUCAACACAAGUGGAGAGUACUCAUAGGGAUGGUUGAGAUGCUGGUGGGUGUACUUCAAAUGUGAAUGGAUGUUGUAUGAUAACCUUACAUACUUCAACCUAGUUCUACUGUAAGUGGUUCCCUCCCGCCUUUAUAUUAAGGGCCUUUUGUGUCGUGACCCUUGACUUUUUGUUGUUCCCUAACCACAUAACGUUUCAAGAUUAUUGUAGUAAAAAUCAUCAGAAGGCUUUCUUUUGUUCUGUUCAGCUUUAGCUGUAACAUGAUGUACCAAGCAUAGGACAGUAUUCAGAAAGAAAAUUCUUUUUGAUAUGCAGUUUUUUGUUUCAUGUGACAAUUGGCAUUGCAAUGUAUCUUAAAGUUGAGUUUA